CACGGGUCAGACAGUAUUUUCUACCCAUGCAGGGAUCACGUCAUAUUUUUUUUAUUGCCGAUACGGGAUGAUUCAGAGGUAUUCCACAACACGACUCUGAUACAAGUGCUUCGUAAGAUGUGAUGUAGUACAUUUUAUCAGCAGUGAUUUUGAGCUCAACAUCAACAGAGUUUGACAACAAGUGACAGGAGAUAAUAGAUAAGAGAUUCGAUUGAUUAAAAUGAGCGUGAAAAAUGUGGCAAGAGGAGGGAGCAGCUCCCUUCGAUGAUAUCAAUACGUAGAAAAGGGGAUGACAUCCAGAUAUUGAAUGCAGUCCAGACUCUACCUAUGCUCCUGGCUGAAGAUCCUCAAACAUGUAUGCAAAAAGUGAUUCCGAAAAUGCAGCAGACCCUGCCGAAUGCAUCAACGGAGUUUCACUUUGCUGCAUCAUCGACAUUCAAGAAAAUUCUGGAACAAAAACUCGUCAGUCCCUCGACAUUCACCCAGACAUUUCUACAGAGUAUACUUAAUUCACUGGACACACGGGAUCCAGUGCUGGCUUAUGUAUGGCUGGAGACCUUACUGGAUGUUAUCGAGUUACUGCCAACGGAUGUCAUCAGGCGAGAGAUUCUUCCGGUGGCUGUGAUCAAGGGCCAGUUGUCACAGCCCGUUGGCUCUAGGAUCAUGUGCUGCAAGAUAAUCGGAAAGAUAUGUACACGCUUCGAUUCGCAGCUAUUGAAAAAAGAAGUACUUCCGACAGUGCACUCACUCUGUCAGGACGUCAACAGCGGUGUUCGGGAGUGUAUUUGCCUGCAAUUGCGUUACGUUGCCGAAAGCAUUGAUGCUGAAUCUGUACCGGCCUCAUUAUUACCAUCCAUUGUGGAAUUGGCCAGCGAUGAGGAGACCAUUGUCAGAUACGCCUCUGUACAGACAAUAGUUUAUCUUCUACCUCACCUACAACCAGACGUCAUUAAGAGCACUCUAUCCCCGUUGAUAAAAAAAUCCUGCGACAGUGCGCUCAAGUCAGAGGACACGGUGAUCUGCAUAAUAGUCCAAGAGUUUGGAAAGCUAGCUCUGGGUCUGGAGAAGGUCCUGACCCCACCUGAGCGUACCUGGCUGGUGAAGUAUUACCAGCAGUUGUCCCAACUGGGCAUGCCGUCCUCACCCAAGCAAUCAACUGAAAAGCCAGACUUGCCACUUACCAUUAACUCCUUACUAGCGGAGCGUCACGCUGAAUGUCGAAAGCAGUGUGCAUACAACAUGCCAGCCAUGUUCUUAUUUACAUCAUCAAGCCCAGAGGAUACAGAGCUGCUUCUGCCGAUAUUAACAGAUCUGGCAAAUGAUCCCUUCUACAUGGUUCGUAUGAAUCUAGCCUGUGGACUUCACGAAAUUGUCCGGAUUAUGGGGGCUAAAAAUGGAUCAAUAAAGAACGACUUCAUAAAGCUCGUUAAAGAUGACAAUGAUCAGGUACUUCAGGGCAUUGUACCCCAUAUCGGUCAGAUUCUCCAGCUGUUCGUUGAGAGUGAGACCAUCAGCAAAGACAACAUUGAUCUGGCAGUUAUGGAAAUUGGAAGGGCAUUGUUAAAGUGUGAGGGUGAAAUAUUCAGUACAAAUAAUUGGAGACUCUCUAGCCUGAUGUUUCAGCAGUUUGAGGUAUUGCCAAAGUGCUUUCCUAGUGAUUACAUUUACAAUUAUUUUGUGCCUGUUGUUGUCAAUCGAGCACUGAAGGCACGACCAAUACCUGUGAAAUUGGCAGCUGGUAGAGCACUUCUUGUCUUCAUCAGGUACAACCUGAAGCCAACACAGAGAACAGAAUUGAAGAAUAAGUUGUACACUGAUUUGUCGAGAAAUCCCAGCUGCUACGUGAGGAUGUUGUACAUUCGGAUGAUGAUUGAGGCAAUGAGUAUAUUUUCAUCGAUUUAUUUCAAGGAACAGUUCUUUGGUACUUUGCUGGAGAUGGCUGAAGAUCCUAUUGCUAAUAUCAGGCUGAAGGUGGUGACACUUUUGCCGAGUUUGAAAGCUUUGCUGAGGUUGCCUUCUGAUAAGAAAUUGUUGAGUCGAUUUGAGGCUUGCGUCAGGGGACUUAUGAAUAAUGAGAAGGAUAGGGAUGUCAUUGGGGCCCUUACUGCAGUCAUCAGGAGGCUGGAUGACAUCGAUGUGAGGCAUGAGGGACAGCCGGCGACGGGGAAAUUUGCUAAACAAGACAAUGAAGACAUGAAAAAAUACGAAGAGGAAAAAGCCUUAUCGCUCAUAACGACCAGCAAGUCUUCCAGUUUACCAACGAGUCAGGCGAUUAUGAAGAAGUCCGGCAGUCAAAAUAUGAGCAGCAAGCAGAGUACCUUUUCGUCUGAUACUGCCAGAAGUUUCAUACCAGGACAGAAAAUAAGACCCUCGAGUACGUCGGUAUCGGAUAGUGUGAAAUCCUCCAGGCAGAUCCCAGGAACAUCGAGGAAUUAUGAAUUAGCUAAAGCGAGUCCUCCAAGCACCUCCAGCAACAACUUAACAUCAAAUUGGGCGCGUUUAAAAUCCAACAGUAUGAUACUAACCCACCUCUGGGAGAAAACUGACUACCGUGACCCCUCAUCAUCGAGUGAUUAUCUCCACGAAAUAGCCUGCAGUUGUUACGACACAACAACUUUUCUGUAUCCCUCACGCUUCACUCUGUCCAGCCCGUGCUCGCUGGCCUACAAGGUAUGUCCUUGUACCAGUGACUCGAGUCCACAGAAACAGCUGUUGAAAAAUAACCUACGAAUGUCAAGCUACUUCGAUACAUCCGUACUAACAAAUCCUCUUCUACUGACUCAAACGCAAAACGAAUCUGAUGAUGAAGAUCGUCAGUCAACUUCGUUCACUCCCAAGUCCCCAAAUUUGGCAGCACUUCGUGAACUGACAAAUGCAGCUCAUUACAACUCUUGUUGGGCUUUUAGUUCGCUGCCGGAGAUACCGGUGACCCUCUUGGAUGAUGAAUUCCUGGUUGAUACAGGAGUUAGAAUUCCGGAACAGUUGUCCACCUCCAGGAGCAGCACGAAAAUAUCAAAUUUACAGGACAUCAUCCACAGGAAUAAUCGUAUUGGGGGUGUGCCUGACAGGAGUAAGGUCAAGGGACACUUCUCCAUGCACGAGGAGUCCAUCAAAAGAUUGUCCAGGUCGGAGCAGGUGUACAGUAGCAAUCGCCUGUCCAUGAACUUUCAGGAUGGUUACCGUGUCUGUAAGCCAAGUAUGGAGGACGAUCUCAAGGGAAAGAGGUACUCAUUCUCCAGGAGCAAGGGCAAGUGGAGCUUUGACUCUGUCAUUGAACGGAAAUCGAGUGAUAAGGAGAAGAGGUCAUCCUUCAAUGUUGUCGAGAGGGAGAAGAGGCCAUCCCAGCAGAUGCGAGGAGUCGUUGACAAGAGCAAGAGGCACUCGACUAAUUACAGUACAAAGCCCCCGGAACUCAAGGAUUGUAAGCAAAAAUUCAAGCGUCACAGUGUUGAAGUUACCGAUUAUCAUCCCAUUGAGAAGUCCAGCAGGAAGAGAAAUAUUACGCUGGACGUCAAUCAUAAUCAGGGUAGCAGCAAGAUUCCGUUGAGAACUGCUGCGCCUUCGGGGAGCAGAACGGCACCCGUGACGAGGGCCUCGAGCCCUGUAAGACUGACUCAUCAGCUGAGUUUUAGUAGGGAACCUGAACGAGAAGUCUUUGAGGAUAGGGUUAACAGGUUCAAUUCCAGCGAUGAGGAGGUUGACAAGUUAUGCAUUAGGUUUGCGUAUGUCGAUUCUGAAUACAUGAUGAGGGAGAACUCCAGGAGUAAAACGAGCAAAUUACCGGUGUGGGUGCCGAGAAAGAACAAGUAGUCAAGUCUGGUGGGAAUAAGGGGGUAGAGGUCGGAUAAAUUAUUUCGGGAGGAUAGACGGUCUGAGUAACAGCGGUUAGUAUUUCGUUGCUAAAGCGAAGGAAAAAUUCAGUCAAGAAUAUUUCAGAUUGAUUUAUUAUCAGGAUUAAAUUGCUGUUUUUUCAUUUUGAGAGCAACCCAAUCUAAGGCAAUUUUCGAUAGUAUAUUUGUAGAUGUAAUAAACAAAUAGAGACACCACAUUUUUCAUAUAUUUUGUAGAUCGAUAGUGUUGAAGUCGUAUUGAAUUAUCCUGCCUUAUUCAGACCGUGAAUCUUAAAAUAAAAUACGAGUUCAAAGUAUUUUGAAAACGCCAAAUAUAAAAAAAGGUCGAAGUCGCGAAGUGAGAGAUAAGUCUGGCCGCCAUAUUCGUUUGAGCUCGAUGGAUUAUCAAGAUGGCGGCGCUGGGAUCUGUCGUUCACCUGGUAACUUCAAACAUUAUUUGAAAUUACCUAAUAUUUUUAAAUCUUCCUUAAUUUGCUUUAUCACACUCUCGUGCAGUGAACGAUUUGACGAUUUUUCUUUUCGUCCUGUUGUCUUUCGUCUUUCUAAAUCAACUUAGUUUUAUGAGUUGUGAUUUUGACAAGAGGUUAGGAAUCUUCAAAUGAGCAAACGUGUACCUGAGGGAGAUAAAUUACGUAUGAAAUUCCACUUACCUUCGUUUUUCACCAAAAGAAUUACAGGGUAAAUUCUACGCUGCAUUUUUCAAUCCUGGCAUUUGAUUUGAUACAUGAUUUGUCAGUGACUUACCACUGACUUGAUAAAAAUCCAUCGUUUAGUCAUCUGAGUAACCUCAUAGAUGAUCGGAAUAAGAUAAAACGCAUUAGGUGUGCUUAAUCAUCGAAAUCAACAGAAUAAUGCAUAGACUUGAAUAAUUCAUUUUAAAACGGGCGAUACCAGUAUUUGCGAUAGAUAUAGACUAGAUAGGUAUAGGCAAAGAUACUAAUAAGUCAAUGUAAACGAUGCAUAAUUUACUUGAAUUAUUCUAAUUUUUUUGGACUAUAAUUCAGUAACAAAGUGGUAAAUAGAGAUAAGUCAACUUAUUUGGUUUUACAACUUCACUACUGAAUUUUGAGGUGAUUCCUUACACUCAUAAUUUUUUGAUAUUUGUAUCGACCACCAGAGCUUCCUAAUCUGAAAUUCCCUUUCUCAAUUGUAUUAUUUAUAUUAUCAACCUCACGAUUAUUCUGAAGAGUAACUUGUACAUUUUAACCAAUUAAAAGCAAUUUAUAAAAAUAAGAGAGAGCAAUAUUGAGUGGAGUUGAAUGUGCGUGACAAAGAAAUUAUAAUUGAAAGAGUUAAAAAAAAUGUAAAGCCAGGAUGUCGCACGAAGAAUGACAUGUACGUGACAUGUAUGUAUUCUUUCCUUAAUUCUCGCGUGAAUUCGGUAAAAUAAGACUUCGAGUGUCUCUAUUUUAUGAGAAAAAGCAAUUUUAUCAAUGAUUUUCGCUUACAGAAGUAAAAAGAAGUGAACGCAUGUGAGAGGCAUAUCGAAGUAUUGAAUCGUCAAGCCUUAACUGGAGAUAUGGGGAUUGAAGUUAUGUUGCAUCCACGGUUAAGAGAAUAUCGAGACAAACUGUUUAUUUUUGUAUAGAAUUUAUCAUGUUUGGUGACCUACGUGCCAGAACUAAUACUAUACGUAUGUACAGAUAAAAUAUGAAAAAUGUUACUGUAUAGAGUCUACUUUAUGAGUGUUGAGACGACGUGCGAGAUGACAAGGACGUGCUUAUGGUUUAAUUGAUGAAUUAUAGAGAAAAAACAAAACACUAUCUUAACGAUGAAUCCCGCAAUCUCUUGUGUCCAUCCUAGAAUUUUGUUGAGAAAUAUACUUAUCUGUGAUAACUUAAGAAAAA